GUUUCUUAUUGGUUAAUGUUGCCGAACAAGUGCACACCCUUAAACUGUCAAAAAGUCACCGUCGUCUUCGUCAUCCACAAACCACGCAAUCCCUUCAUUCCUUAAACUUUACUACUCUUUCAUUUCUUUCCCAUUUCAUCAUCUCCACUUUCUGUGCUCACUUUUCCGGCGACGGAUUUUCCGACGUCGGCCUAUUUUGCGUAAUUCUUCAAUUGUCAUAAGGAUUGGUCCCAUUUGUUUCGUUGGAUAAAUUAAUUUCCUAAUAUUGCAGUCCACAAUUUUCAAGGGCAUUUGAAGUCCUACGUGAACUUUUACUCACGAAAGUAUGAUUGGUGAUGUGGAAGAUGAAGAAUAUUACAACAGGCCGCUUGGACGGUGGCCUGUUUUCGUCUAUGGUGUUGGCCACAUGCUCAAUGACAUUACAUCUGCCUGUUGGUUUACUUAUUUGUUGGUCUUCCUGACAGAUAUUGGACUUUCACCAGGGAAUGCUGCAAUUGUAAUGCUUAGUGGACAAGUGGCAGAUGGAUUCAUGACUGCAUUUUCUGGUGAACUGAUAGACCGGUUUGGACGCUUCAAAAUUUGGCAUGGCGCUGGAUCUCUGUUAGUUGCUGUUUCAUUUUCUUCUGUUUUUGGUGGUUGUAUACCAUGCAAAAUAUUUGGUACAGACUCAUCUGCUUUGGAGACAAUUGGGUACAGCAUUUUUGCGGCUAUCUUCAAUAUUGGUUGGGCCGCCACUCAAGUGUCACACAUGUCUAUGGUGAACUGUAUGACGCUGAAUCCGACGAGCAGAGUUGUGUUAGCCAGCUGUCGGAAUGCAUUUACUAUGAUUGCAAAUCUAAGCUUGUAUGCUGUGGCUUUUGUUGUCUUUGGUCUUGGUAAAUCAAGGACCCAUGAUGAGAUCGAAAGCCAGUAUCGUUGGAUUGCUUAUUCAUCAAUUUUUAUCGGAUGCUGCUUUGUCUGUAUCUUCCUCGUUGGAACUAAAGAGCCCAGGUUGAAAGAUGGCUUUCCAGGAAAAGUUUAUGCUAGAGUUGAAUGGACUUAUUGGUUCCAUAAAGUUCUGUACUACCAGGUUGCUCUUGUAUAUGUACUGACUAGACUGGUGACUAAUGUCUCACAGUCAUUUCUGGCCUUUUACGUCAUCAAUGACCUACAAAUGGCUCAAUCUUCAAAAGCUCUGGUGCCUGCUAUCAUAUACAUUUGCAGUUUUAUCAUCUCCAUUAUUCUACAGGAGAUGUCAUGGAAUGGCUACCGUCUGAAGACGUUCUUUUCUAUUGGAAGCGUUCUUUGGAUAUUUUGCGGUGUAGCAGUUUUGUUUCUGCCUCUGGGCUUGAGUGGUUUAAUGUAUAUCAUCUCUGUGAUUAUUGGCAUUGCAAAUGCCCUAAUGAUGGUCACUGGAAUAGGCAUGCAGAGUGUUCUUGUUGGACAAGAUCUUAAUGGAAGUGCUUUUGUCUAUGGAUCACUGAGUUUUAUGGACAAAAUGGGUUGUGGAAUUGUGUUAUACGUUUUGGAAUCAUAUCAUAGUAAUGUCUCCUCAAAUGUCGGAGAGCUUCAUUCGUCUGUACAUAGCUUCUCAGUUACACGGUAUGCAGUAGGUAUUGUUCCCGCGAUUUGUGCUCUUAUUGGUGUGGCAGUAACAUAUAGUAUGAAACUUGAAACUCCUCCAAAGCCAAUAACAGAGCCCCUUCUGGCUUAACACGGUGCAAGAAGGUGCAGCAUUGACACUGAAUUUAGAGAUAAUUAUGAAGCGAAAUAUUUUUUGACACUUGAAACCACGUCUCUUCUCAUGUACAGUAAAUGAUAAAUUAUUUUGUAGCGCUUAAUCACGUAAUUUAUAUGCAGCACUCUAAUUUCAAUUUGUAUACUUGAUAUGAACUUCUAUCGUUUGGUCUUAUUGUUAUGGCCAUUGGUUAUUUAAAAUUUUUGGUGCCUAUAUUCAGUAUGCUGUGACUAAUUGGUACUCCU